AGUGGACGGAACGCUUCUUUCAACAGCAGCAACAGUUAGUCAGCCACCUCGGUAGCUUGCUAGAUAACAUAGCUGAACCAAUAAAGCUCUUUCGACGCUUUAGUGUAUAUUAGUCACUGUGUUUUAAAACCACUUCUGUCGUCUAGUUAGUUAUCCGAUUUAAGUUCAUAUUUACGGUGUUGUUAUUAUUCAAGCUAGUAGACUGGUUAAGUUAGCAUUAGCAUAGCUAGCUAACAUCUCCGACCAUGAGUUCACUAAGCUACUCUCCUCCUGCUGAAGAAGAUGAGAUCUGCUGUAAGGAGAAAGAAGCUCUGGUGAAAGAGGAGGAGGAAGAGGAGGCUGUUACAUUACAAAAACAAGUAGAUGGUGAGGCUGUUACAGUGAAAGAAGAAGAUAAAGACGUUUCAGUGAAAGAAGAGGAAGAUGCGUUCAGAGUUAAAGAGGAGGAGAGGGAGGAAGGAAAAGAGGAGGAUGGGGAGAUGACUGUCACAUCGAAAAAGGAGGAGGAAGAAACUGGAUAUCUGGGCCCGGUUUCCCAAACGCAUCUUAAGGCAUCCAAUGGUUCUAACGGUGAACUUAGCAAUAAGAUGGUUUUGAGAAACCGUUCCCUGAUUAACACUAGAGAGAGACGGGACUACCGUGGGACCUCUGGGGAGCCUCAACAACAUCAUGAUGCUGACAAGGCAGAGAAGAGUCUCUCCAGAUCAGAACACCAGCAGAGAUCUACAGGGAAGAGAACUCACUGCUGCUCUGACUGUGGGAAGAGAUUCACCUCCUCAUCAGGCAUUCAAAUUCAUCAGAGAAUACACACAGGAGAGAAAUCAUAUAGCUGUGAUCAAUGUGGGAAGAGUUUUGCUCAGCUAAGCAGCCUGAUAUCACACCAGAAAACACACACAGGAGAGAAACCAUACAGCUGUGAUGAAUGUAGGAAGAGUUUUACUAGUUCUAGCAAUCUGACUCUACACCAGAGAAUACACACAGGAGAGAAACCAUAUAGCUGUGAUCAAUGUGGGAAGAGUUUUACUAGGCUAAGCAGCCUGAUAUCACACCAGAGAACACACACAGGUGAGAAACCUUAUAGCUGUAUUGAAUGUGGGAAGAGUUUUACUCAGCUAAGCAGCCUGAUAUCACACCAGAGAACACACACAGGAGAGAAACCUUAUAGCUGUGAUGAAUGUGGGAAGAUUUUUACUAGGUCUAGCUAUCUGAUUCUACACAAGAGAAUACAUACAGGAGAGAAACCUUUCAUCUGUACUCAAUGUGAGAAGAGUUUUACUCAGCUAAGCAACCUGAUAUCACACCAGAGAACACACACAGGAGAGAAACCCUAUAUCUGUGAUCAAUGUGGGAAGAGUUUUGUUCAAUCAAGCCACCUGAAGAUACACCAGAGAACACACACAGGAGAGAAACCUUUUAGCUGUACCCAAUGUAGGAAGAGUUUUGUUCAAUCUGGUGAUCUGACAGUACACCAGAGAACACACACAGGAGAGAAACCUUAUGGCUGUAAUCAAUGUGUGAAGAGUUUUGUUACAUCUAGCCUUCUGACAGUACACCAGAGAACACACACAGGAGAGAAACCAUACAGCUGUAAUCAAUGUGGAAAGAGUUUUGUUUCAUCUACAGGUCUGACAGUACACCAGAGAACACACACAGGAGAGAAACCUUAUGGCUGUAAUCAAUGUGUGAAGAGUUUUGCUACAUCUGGGCAGCUGACUAUACACCAGAGAACACACACAGAAUAUAAAUCUUAUAGCUCUAACUGAUGUGGGAAGAGUUUUCCUCAGUUAAACAGCCUUGCACAGAACACACACAGGAGAGAAAUAUCUUAGCUGUAAUCAAUGUGGGAAGAGAUACUCUGAUAAAAGUUACAUGAUCAAACAUCAGAAAAUACAUGGAGUUCAUGUCACAAUGUAGAAUGUUUUAACAUUGUAGUAGGAGUAUUUUAAUGAUGUCACAAUGUAGAACCAUAAACGUUUGCCCCCUGUUCUAUUGAUUUCAACUUGUAGCUGACUGUAUUCUGCAGGUUGUCCUCUAACCAGUGUGGUAAGAGAUAUCUCUUUUUUUAUUUGUGUUAGUUUCAACAGCACAUACAA